AUGCAGAGUAAAACAUUCAUCACAUUGACGUUUCUGAUUUUAACCAUUAUUUCAUCGGUUCAUGCUUGGAUUACCGUAGGUUUAUCCUAUAAAAUAUGCGACACCACCUUUACUGAUGAUGUAAUCCACAUCAACGAGCACGACGCUCACUUUUAUACGAAUUCUACAAAGGUCAAGAAAAUAACAACCGAUAAUCAAACCUCAGAUGGGUUUGUACUCAAUGUCACUAUGUAUGGGUGUCAAGAUAAUUGUGGUUGGUCAUUUGACCUAAAGGUAGAUAAUUCUACAAGGAAAGUUACGCCAGUUGCUAGUAAACAGCUUCCUUAUACCUGUACGGGCAACCCAAACACGUGGCGAGUUGAUCUGAACACCAAAGUUUUGAGUGUUGGAGAAACUCCUAAUCCAGAUUAUCCUUUUUCCUUUAACCUUGCUAUGCAUUAUUGUAAAAAUAAUUACAACAUAGACAACAACACCGCUAUAACCGGCAAAGAUGUUAAAAAUAAUUAUAAUUGUCUCCGCGCUUAUUCCGAUAAAAUGUAUGAUCCUAGUACUAUCUUUAAUUUUGAAAAUGAUGGGAAUCGAUGGCCAUUUAUGGGACAAAAACCUGCUGCUUUAUCUUUAGCUGCAACAGUAGAUAAUGCUUUUACCUUUUAUCAGAAUCACUACCUAGGGUUAAAAUAUUCUUUUAGUAACCUUACUGAAAAUAUGGUUAAUCACCUAACCGAUUUUGCUCCAUUCUAUAAUCAUGCACCGGAUGAAUCAAUUUCUUAUGAUAUUUCUGGCACACUACAGUUAUUAACUGAUCAUUUUAAAUUGAAUUUACUCCAAGUAGGAACAAUCUUUGUUGACUCGGUUUCUGAUCAACCAACUUUUCUUGAUAAAAAUGGAGCCCCAUUAAAACGAACCGUAUCAAUAAAAGAUUUUUACUAUAAAGUGCCUUUUGAUGCCAGUGGUACAAUGAAGAAUACUUUUAAAAAUUUUGGUCAAGAUAAAGAUUCUUUUUUGAAAAAGAUUAUUGAUAAAUUACCCAAUACGGUUAAUGGAAAUAUUGAUGUAUUCACUCCUUCAUCUAAAUGGCUUGCAGCACCUUUUUAUGUGGCCAUCGAAUUAGUUAAUUUUGGUAGUUUAGAUGUUAGGAACUUUGUACAGCCUACUCUUAAUGCAGCAGUGGCAAGCACCAUCCUCAAUCAUUAUGGUCUUACCUAUUGCAACCACGUAAAUCAAGAUCUCUGUGGUAAAUGUUGCUUGGCACAAGUUAAAGUGACUAGAUGGGAGAAUACUUGCUAUGUUCGUGGUUCAUUUGACUGUGAUAAUAUUAAGAAAUUUGUUAACUUUGCUGAUUACUGGCACUAUGAUUACUGUAAAAAUAAUGAAAACGGUUGGAGUAUAAAUUCAGGAGAUUGCAUCAAUGAAUCGACUAUCCGAUGUUCUGCAUUUCCAAAUGGUUGCAACUCUUACAGUUGUGCCCCUUCACCAGAUUCCGGAAAAACUAGUGGCGAUUGUAAUCAUUGUGAUGGUUAA